AAAUAAUGCAAAAAGAAGAAAAAAAAAAUACUAAACCCUAACUCCUAAGCCGCCUCCCAUACUUGAAUCCCCCCAACGAGAGUAGCUUCUCGACAAAACUAGUUGUGACUCCGCCAGACUGCCACCGUUUAACACCAAGUGGUAUUGAAGGUGUGGUGAAGCAAUACAUACUACAAAGCCGAGGCGAAAGAGUCCUGUUAUAAACUGAACUAGUUGUGUUUUUAGUUGUUAGUUGGAGUUGAUUUUCAAGAAACAACAAUGCCUCAAGGAGAUCAUAUAGACCGUCACAUAAAAGAAUAUGGCCGCCCUCUCGAUUACGAAAACCGCAAGCGCAAGAGAGAGGCUCGUGAGGUUCACAACCACUCUAAAAAGGCCCAGAAGACUAUUGGUCAUAAGGGAAAGAGAAAUGCCAAGAAAAAUUAUGCCGAGAAGGCACAGAUGAAAAGGACUUUGGCCAUGCAUGAAGAGUCAACGUCUAGGCGCAAGGCUGAUGAUAAUGUUCAGGAAGGAGCUGUUCCUGCUUAUCUUUUGGAUCGUGAAAACACGACCAGAGCAAAGAUUCUCAGCAACACCAUAAAGCAAAAGAGGAAGGAGAAGGCUGGGAAAUGGGAUGUUCCUCUACCUAAGGUACGUCCGGUGGCUGAAGAUGAAAUGUUCAAAGUGGUCCGCACCGGUAAAAGAAAGACCAAGCAAUGGAAGAGAAUGGUUACAAAAGCUACAUUUGUUGGGCCUGGUUUUACCAGAAAACCUCCAAAGUACGAGCGGUUCAUUCGUCCUACUGGAUUGCGUUUCACUAAAGCUCAUGUCACUCAUCCUGAACUUAAAUGCACAUUCAAUCUUGAAAUUAUUGGAGUGAAGAAAAACCCUAAUGGCCCCAUGUACACUUCUCUUGGUGUCAUUACCAGGGGAUCUAUAAUUGAGGUGAAUGUUAGCGAACUUGGUCUGGUUACACCUGCUGGGAAAGUUGUGUGGGGUAAAUAUGCCCAGGUUACCAACAACCCGGAAAAUGAUGGUUGCAUCAAUGCUGUUUUACUUGUUUAAGGUCAGAUCAAGCAUUGGAGGUCAAAACCUGCUCCCAUGAUUUUUGUAGUCUCGUAGGUAUGAGUGUACCGCCACUGUCAAACAUUCGAUGAAAGACACUGUCCUUGAUACAUAUGAUUUUGUCGGCAAAAAUGGCAAAGAUUUUUUGUUUGGAUCCGGACACUGUCAUGUUGUAGUAUACUAUUGUUCUAUUUAUUUGGAUAAUCAAUGUAAUAGUGAUUAUUUCUUGCACUUGUAGGCAACUAGUGGCCAAUGAAUCUGACAAAUUUAUUAUGAAGUAAUAUUAAAUUGUAUGAGCAAUUUUUUUUUUAUUAAA